AUGCCCCACUUCUUGGAUUGGUUUGUGCCCGUGUAUCUGAUGAUCUCCAUUCUCAUCCUGGUGGGCUUUGGAGCCUGCAUUUACUACUUUGAACCAGGACUCCAGGAAGCCCAUAAGUGGCGAACACAGAGGCCAAUCAUGGAGCGAGACCUUUGGAAGACGCUGAUGAUUCGGGACAACCUGGCCUUUGGGGUGCCUGAGGUCUGA